AUGGCAACGACCCCACCUGAUGGAGUUGCUGCCAUCUUUGCACGACACAACGACUUGUUCAGUACGGAGAACAUGUACAGUGCUCCGUCCCUGCGACCUGCCUGGGAGGAAGCCGCUGGGACGACGUCCAUCGACGCCCCAGGGGAGGCGCCGGUUGCCCUUCACCACCCGAUCCGAAGUUCCCCCACAGCUCUUCUUCUCGUCAUCAUCUCCUCCAAGCCAGAUCGACCAUCACAACCACCCACCCCUCGCCCGCUGCACCGCUGCAUCCCAUCGCGUCGUCGUCUCGUGACACCCUCGCUCCCCGUCGCUGGCCGACAGCUGCCCCCGUCCUCGUCAACAACAACAACAACGUCCCCGGCCGUCGCUCCGCCGAGGACCACAUUCACCACCGCUCCGCCCGCCGCCCUUGACCAUCUCCCAACCCAGGCCGUAGCCGUCAGAGCCAUCGUCGCAGCCAUGGGUGGCUGUCACUCAUCGUGCUGCGGGGGACGAGCCCGCGAUGGCCUCUACGAGCCCGUCCUCGCCGACAGCGAGCGGGAGGCCGUUGCCGACCUGCUUCAGUACCUAGAAAACGUCCGUCACGGAUCGCACCGCCCUGCUUCGUCGUCGACUCUGACCUUUGACCAGCGUGGCGAGACCGACUUCUUCUCGGGCGAACCCCUCCGAGCCCUGAGCACCUUGGUCUUUUCCGAGAACAUCGAUCUCCAGCGAAGCGCGAGCCUCACCUUUGCCGAGAUCACCGAGCGAGAUGUCCGAGAGGUCGACCGGGACACGCUCGAGCCCAUCCUUUUCCUGCUGCAGAGCCCCGACAUUGAGGUGCAGAGGGCCGCCAGCGCAGCCCUCGGGAAUCUCGCCGUCAACACCGAAAACAAAGUCCUCAUCGUCCAGCUCGGCGGCCUCACCCCUCUCAUCCGACAGAUGCUGUCGCCAAACGUCGAGGUCCAGUGCAACGCCGUCGGUUGCAUCACCAACCUCGCUACGCACGAGGAGAACAAGGCCAAGAUUGCCCGAUCCGGCGCCCUCGGCCCCUUGACGAGGCUGGCAAAAUCUAGAGACAUGCGAGUGCAGAGAAACGCUACGGGCGCCCUCCUCAACAUGACACAUUCCGACGAGAACCGCCAGCAGCUCGUCAACGCCGGUGCCAUCCCGGUGCUCGUCCAGCUCCUCUCCUCGCCCGACGUCGACGUCCAGUACUACUGCACGACGGCCCUGAGCAACAUCGCCGUCGACGCCAACAACCGGCGGAAGCUGGCCUCGUCGGAACCCAAGUUGGUGCAGUCGCUCGUCAACCUCAUGGACUCGUCGUCGCCCAAGGUGCAGUGUCAAGCCGCCCUGGCCCUGCGGAACUUGGCAUCGGAUGAAAAGUACCAGCUGGAUAUCGUCCGGGCCAACGGCCUCCACCCCCUGCUGCGACUCCUCCAAUCCUCGUACCUGCCCCUCAUCCUCUCGGCGGUGGCAUGCAUACGCAACAUUUCCAUUCAUCCCAUGAACGAGUCGCCCAUCAUCGAGGCAAACUUCCUGAAGCCCCUCGUCGACCUGCUCGGCUCGACCGACAACGAGGAGAUACAGUGCCACGCCAUCUCGACGCUGCGCAACCUCGCCGCCAGCUCCGACCGCAACAAGGCCCUGGUCCUCGACGCCGGCGCCGUGCAGAAGUGCAAGCAGCUCGUGCUCGACGUCCCCGUCACGGUGCAGUCGGAGAUGACGGCCGCCAUCGCCGUCCUCGCGCUGAGCGACGACCUCAAGACGCAUCUCCUCAACCUCGGAGUCUGCGACGUCCUCAUCCCCCUGACCCACUCUCCGAGCAUCGAGGUGCAGGGCAACAGCGCCGCCGCCCUGGGCAACCUGUCGUCGAAAGGUACCGUGCCUCCCCGCGCCCGGCCGCGUGGCCUCUCCGUCGUUGACAGUGGUGCAGUUGGCGAGUACUCGAUAUUCGUCCAGAACUGGAACGAGCCCAACGGCGGCGUCCACGGCUACCUCGGUCGAUUCCUCCAGUCGGGCGACGCCACCUUCCAGCACAUCGCCGUUUGGACGCUGCUGCAGCUGUUCGAGUCCGAGGACAAGUCCUUGAUCGGCCUCAUCGGCAAGGCAGACGACAUCAUCGAACACAUCCGAAGCAUUGCGAACCGCCAGGUCGAGGGAGAGCCCGAGUUCGACGAGGACGACGAGGGCGAGGUGGUUGAGCCGGGCGCCGUCGCCAACGUCCGCCUCGUCGGCGAGACGUCGGGUCUCGAAGCCUCUCCUCGCCUCGCGACGUCCGCCGGUCCGCCGAGCCGGGCGACGACGCGAACCAAAGGGAGCCACGGCGUUUUUGGUUCCGGGAAGCCCAGGCGGACCGAUGCUCGUUUGGCCGCGGUGCUCCUCAUCGGCUCGUCCGCCGUCAUGCUUCCGCCGAGACCAUGUAUCCUUGAUGUUUCAUUUGGCGAUUUCGGCCCGCUGAGACUGGCAGGCGGUUCGGAAAGCUCCGAGCCGGCCGUCCGCGCCGGCGUCACGGGUCCGGGCAGGAAAACAGGCGGCUGGCACUUUGUACAAGCAUAUCUUUUUUCGGCGAGUGACGUGAUUAGCCAGCAUUAG